AAGAUGUCCAAAAAGCUCCCCGUUCGCACGCUCAGCGAACUGACGCUAGCGGAGCUGGCGGGUACGAUUGUGGGCGCGAUCGGUACCAUGGUGCAGACGAGCCAUGCGUUUGGGAUACCGCCCGACUACACGCUCCUGAUGGUAGAGAUCAACUCGUACAUGGACAAUCUGGGCGCCACGAGCAACAUCUACGAGGAUCUGCUGCGCGUGAUCCUCUGCUCGGACUCGCUCGAAGCUUCGAUGCGCUUCUGCUGUCUGCAGAUGCUGCUAAACGAAGGCGUCCAGUGUUUGGUGACGGAAAUCUUUCCACUGGCAUACUACGAGCGUAUACUGCAGGUGAUCGCUGCACAGGGUCGUGGAUUGCGCCAGCUAAACAUGAAGGGUGUUUGGGUGAAGGAAGAAUGCAUGUGCUACAUGUUCGAGAUUGUGAAGCGUUUGCCACACCUGACCAAACUGACCAUCCCUCACAUUGCGAACGAUAAUCUGCUAAAGCACAUCGCCGACUAUAGUAAAUGUAUGAGACAGCUGGACAUAAGCGGUGAAACCGACAUUACGGAGAUUGGUAUUGAGUAUCUGUGUUAUGGUGAGUCUCGGAACUACAUCACCUACCUGGAUAUUGGUUCGCUGGGAGAAGAAAACAUUUGCCACACCGACGUGGCACUGUUGCUGCAGAAUCUUCCCAACCUCGCUACGCUGCAGUCAUACUCGUUUGUUGGCCGAAGUUUGCAGUACAUUAUCGAAAAGAAGGAUGUGAACUUCCAGUGCCGUUUGGUGUAUGUGCACGACACGGAAACUGACGCAGCAACGCUGGAUGCGAUCGUACGUUCCUGUCCACGGUUGGAGCACAUCUACCUAGACUCACCGGAGGCAGGUAUACUGGAGAAGCUAAGAUCGGUAAAGUUGCGCCGGUUGAAGCUGUACAAGUUUAGCUCGUACGAAUUGGUUGACUUGAUGGAGCACAUUGGCAAAUCGCUGUACCAUGUGACCGUGAUCAAGGGCUAUGGCCCGCUGGAGAUCGAUCGGCUCGUGCGCUCUUGUCCAAACUUGAUUGAUCUCGACUUUUACAUGAUGGAUUCGUUAACGUUUGCGGGAGAUACUAGCUUCACCAACCUGCAGGGACUGGAGAUUUUGAGCAGUCCUAUACAGAAACCUAGCUUGCGUCGUUUUAUCUGUCACACGACUACGCUGCGUCGGCUGGCCGUCGAUACGGUAACCUUCUCCGACGAGGACAUCAGCUCGAUGGUGAUCGAGCAUGACUUUUAUCAGCUAGAGGACGUUUGGUUUACCUCGGCACCAUACCUGUCGAUCUCAUCCGUGGAGAUACUGAUGGACCGUUGUCCGGAGCUGCAAAGCGUUGGCCAGCUGAGCGGAUGGGCACUGACACCCGAUGAUGUGACGCUACUCCGUGGGAUCCUGAAAAGCUGCAACUCCUCACUGGUGCUCUAUCUGUACCAGCCCCGAAGGAAAGCUAGGCACGCCAUUUCGAGGAUCGUAGUGCGACGUGACUGAUCGCUAGCUCAUGCAAUAAAAAUCCGUCAAUGUGUACUGAAUGC